AUGGCUGCUGCUCCAGUACAGCCAGUUUCGUUGGAUGAAGUGUUUAGUGAACGAGCUCGUUUCUUUCAAGAACUGCUCGAAGAAGAUAACCAAUACAAGGACCAAAUCGUAACAAUGGUUCAAAAGGGAAAUCGCCGCUUGAUUGUCAACAUCAAUCAUGUCCGACAACACAACAGAGAAUAUGCUGAUGGUUUAUUGCAAUCUCCAAUGGAGUUUUUACCUCCCUUUGACAAGGCAUUAAACGAUGUUGCAAAGGCUGUUUGGAGCGAUCAGAAUCCAGAACAAGACAUGUCCCAACUUAAGUUUUAUAUUGGUCUGGACGGUGCUUUCGGAGAGCAUAAUGUAUCUCCUCGUAGUUUAUCUGCAAUGCAUCUCGGAACUAUUGUUUGUUUGGAGGGAAUCGUCACCAGAUGCUCGCUUGUUCGUCCAAAAGUCGCUCGAAGUGUUCAUUACUGCGAGGAAACAAAAAUAUUUUAUUCCAGAGAAUACAGAGACGGUACUUCGUUAGAGAAUGCUGUCCCUACUGGAUCUGUGUAUCCAAAAGAGGACAAUGAGGGUCGUCCAUUGACUACAGAGUUUGGGUUUUCAACAUACAGGGACUACCAAACCAUGAGCAUUCAAGAAAUGCCAGAACGAUCUCCAGCUGGACAACUUCCGCGUCCAACAGACGUAAUCUUGGACGAUGAUUUGGUUGACCACGUCAAGCCUGGUGAUCGUGUUCGUUUGGUUGGAACCUAUCGAUCUAUUGGAAAACAUGCGGCGUCUGUAUCUGCCACAUUCAAGUCUAUGAUUCUUGCCAACCACAUCACCCUUCUUGAAAAGGAGAUUCAUCAACCCACUAUUACAGAAGACGACGCUCGUGAAAUUCGUAAAAUUGCUAAACGAAAGGAUGCAUUUUCUCUACUCUCCAUGUCGCUGGCCCCUUCCAUUUUUGGUCAUGAGUAUAUCAAAAAGGCACUGCUUCUUCUUAUGCUUGGAGGUGUUGAAAAGAAUCUUGAAAAUGGUACUCAUUUGAGAGGUGAUGUCAAUAUGCUGUUAAUUGGUGAUCCAUCUGUGGGUAAAUCGCAGAUGCUGCGGUUUGUAUUAAAUCUUGCACCGCUUGCCAUUGCAACCACUGGUCGUGGCUCUUCUGGUGUUGGAUUGACUGCCGCUGUCACUCAGGACAAGGAGACAGGUGAGCGUACACUCGAGGCUGGUGCCAUGGUGCUAGCUGAUCGAGGAGUUGUCUGUAUUGACGAAUUUGACAAGAUGAGUGAUGUGGAUCGUGUCGCCAUUCACGAAGUUAUGGAGCAACAGACAGUCACGAUUGCCAAAGCGGGUAUUCAUACUUCACUUAAUGCACGAUGCAGCGUAUUGGCUGCUGCCAAUCCAGCAUUUGGAACUUAUCUCGAUGAAAAAAAACCAUUUGAAAACAUCACAUUACCAGAUUCGCUACUUUCUCGAUUUGAUUUGGUCUUUGUGGUGCUUGACAAGACCGAUAAUACAUUCAAUCGUGCUAUUUCAGAUCACAUUACUCGUAUUCACCGAUUUAUUCCCGAAGGUGUUGAAGAAGGCUCACCCAUUUCUGAUGCCACUAUGCAGUCCAUGAGUUCUGCUAUUUUUUCAUCUCGUGUUGCGGCUGACAAAACCCCCGAAGCUACGCCUGUGUUCCAAGCAUACAACGAAAUGCUUCAUGUGGGUGUGCGACCCAAUACUGCUACCCCGCGUGGAUCUUCACGCCGUCGUAAAGAAAAGGCAGAAGUAGAGAUUUUAUCUAUACCGUUUUUGAAAAAGUAUAUUUUCUAUGCAAAAAACAAGAUCAGCCCAGUUCUUAGUAAAGAGGUGUGUGACUACAUCUCUACUAGGUAUGCCGAGCUACGGUCUCGAGAGGAUGGAAAACAGGAUCAAUAUAGGACUAUGCCACUUACACCACGUACGCUAGAAACUCUUAUUCGUUUAGCCACUGCUCACGCCAAGUCGCGUUUAAGCAAGACUGUCGAGCUAGUUGAUGCCGAAACAGCCUACGAGAUUCUUAUUUUUGCACUGUUCAAAGAAGUCAAGCCCAAGAUUAGGGAAAAGAGAGCCAAGACAACUCAUGGUGCCGAUGACUCUUCUGAUGACGAUUCCGACACAAACACGAUGGAAACCCGUCCAGUGUCGUCACUUGUUACUCGCCGUGGUGCUCGCAGUACUGCAGGCACUACAGUGACCACAGAUCAGUCCUCUGUUGUUGGGACUGCAUAUGCUAGUCUGAAUGGCCAAGCUAUGCAGUCUUCUGCAGGCGGUUCAUCUCGUAUUAAUGAGCUGCUUGAUGCUGCAGAUUCAGACAUGAUGGUGGAUGAAUCUGUUGAUGUAUCCCAGUCAAGCGCGGGUGCUCAUACAGGAAGUGGGUUUGCGUCUGGAACCACGGCUGCGUCCAACGUUUUGCUUACGCAGCUGCCUGUUGCUAGGUAA